AUGUCCCCGCCGGACAAAGUCAAGGAGCGCUUCGAGAUGGAGAAGGGCGCCCCAAGGGCCAUCCUCGGAACCUUGGAGAAUUGCACCGAGGACAUCGGCAAGGCGGGACUCAACGUGACCUUCGAGGACUGCAAGAUGCAGGUGAAGGCCAUGUUGGAGAAGCUCAAGAACGAGACCGUGCCAGCCGAGGAGUUGGACCGGGAGAUUUGGAAGAUCGCCGGGGAGAAGGCGAAGCACAUCAUCAGCACAUGCUCGAAGGCCGCGUCCACCGAUGCCGCAAAGGAGGCAUGCCUGUCCAGCACCGAAGCGCUGGAGGCCCUCGCAAAGCUUUCCGGCCGGGCUAUUGGGUCCAUCUCGGAGGAGGAGCUCCGCAGCCUCUUCCGCCGCGGAGCUGCGGAAGAAAUCUCGGAGGGGCUAAGGCUCUGCAUGGGCUCCGCCGACACGGAUUCCAAGAAGAAGGAGUGCUUCGGCUCGGAUGACAUCCGGGCAACCAUCGGGGAGAGCAUGGGCAAGGGUCGGGAUCAUGUCAAGGACUCCGACAUCCGGGAGUUCCUGGAGGAAGGCGUGAAGGAAGAGAUCUGGACCAUGCUGGAGGCCUGCCCCGAAGGUUCCAAGGAGAGCUGCAUGGAUGCCGCCAAGGACAUGUUGGCGGCGGUCACCGGGCAAGCGGCUUCCGCCAUCACGAGCGACAUGCUGAGCAAGCUCCUCAAAGACGAGAUGGCGAGCGAGCUUGGUGAAAGGAUGCGUGCCUGCAUGGACGCAGCGGCGGACAACAACACCGCCAAGGAGCUCUGCAGGACUACACUGUCCGCCGAUGUGUUCGGGGUGGCCGGCCGGGGUGGAUCACCUUCCCUCACGGAGGUUGGGGAGGCCUUGCUGGAAGCCGGCCGCAACAAGGCCAAGGAAGUCAGCAAAGACUGCCAGGGCACACGCGAGGAGUGCAUGGAGAAGCUGAGGGACGAGGCUGCGAAGUCCAUGGGCCGCCUCAAGGAGGAGCUGUCAGACAUGGAGGUGGAGAGGUUGAACUUGGAUGGAGCCCGCGAUGCGGCAAAGGAGGCUGCGCGCGGCUGUGCUGCCGCCCGUAAGGAGUCCGCCUCAGCCACCUGCGCCGACGCCACCGAGGUCUUUGCAAGCGCGCGCAAGGUCCCCAUCGAGGACGACGUGGACCGGAAGCGGAUCCGGCAAGAGCUUGUGAAGGAGACGGAGAAGGAUGCCAUGCGGACGUGCAUGGAUCAAUCCGACAAGCUCGGCUUCGACCGCUGCAUGGGCGAGAUCCAGGAUGCCGCCGAGGUUGCGGGUGAGCUCUUCAAGGGCCUCUCCGAUGAGCGGAAGCAGAACAAGGAGAAGCGGGCCCGAGACGAGGCAGCCAUCGAGGUCGUCGGCGAGCGGUUCCAGCUCUGCAUGGAGGCCUCCACAACUGCAGAAGAGAAGAAAGCCUGCCAAGCGGAGAUGCGCGAUGGCGCCGGCAUGGCAGGCUUGAAGGAGGAUGUGGAGGAUGUUGUGAAGAAAUACCACCGCAACGUGGUGGCCACCGCUGCCCGGGCCUGCAACCAGACCGCAAGGAAGACGUGCAUCGACCAAGCCAAGGAGGAGCUGAAGAAGAGCGGCCUCUUGGCGCGCACCUUCCACGUGGUUCGCCAGCUGGCAGAGAUGAAGUCCGCGGCCGAGAUUUGGGCAGCCUGCCAGGAAGACAGCGCCGAAGUGAACGCAACUUGCGACACCCUCGCCCAGGCAGAGUUGGAAGAGAUCAGCGGCUCCACGUCCGUUUGGACGGCCGAGGUGGCGGAGAAGGUGAAGGCACUUGGCGAAGCCAUGCUGGAGGGGCGCGAAGUCGUCCUCAGGAAGCUGCAAUCCAUCCUCCUCGAGAUCCUGACGGAUGCCCUUGACUGCUCCGAUGCUGUUCUGCAGACGCUGGCCGAGAAGGCCCAGCAGACCUCGGAUGGCUUCAUGCCGAAUGCCACCCUGGGGCCGCGCAACGUGUCCAACAGGGAGUGCAAGAUUGUCUGGGGUCUCGCGCGGUACUUCUGCAAGGUCCACACCAGGGACCUGAACGAGAACGAGACCGACGACUUGUCCGAGACACUCAGCACGGACCUUGGAACCACCGACAUCAAUGCUCGACGCCUGGGCCGCCGGCUGGCAGUCGUCACCGAGUCUUAUGCAGCACAGGAGGAGGAAGAGACGGUAGCCACUACAGGUGAUGGCGGCAGCGACGGUGGCAGCGAUGGUGAUGGCGACGCUGGCGGAGAUCAGGCAUUGUCUCACAGCCUGGUGACAGCAGCCUACUCCAUCUCAACUCUUCUUCUCUCACUUCUCUUUGUAAGCUAA